CCAACAAAUUUCGCUGGUUUAUUUAGUGUCUGUGCAUACGUAACUCAAGGAAAAGGAAAAGUAAGGAAGGAAAAGCUUGGACAAUGGAUACCGGCAGCGAGUCAGCGGAUGUAAACAUGAGUGGUCCCUUUAUUGGCGCCAUCGAUGAGGGCACCACAUCGGCACGGUUUAUGAUCUUUCGGGCAGGCACCGAUGAUAUUGUUUGCUACCACCAAAUCGAGGUGCCGUCCAUUUUUGUGAAGGAAGGUUGGUGUGAACAGGAUCCACGGGUCAUUACCAACACUGUCAACGAGUGCAUUGAGGGGGCAUGCAAAAAGCUCGUUGCACUAGGUGGCAAUGUCAAGGACAUUUUGGCAAUUGGCAUUACCAAUCAGCGCGAGUCUACAUUGAUUUGGGAUAAGAAUACAAGCGAGGCGUUGGUAAAUGCCAUUAUUUGGCUGGACAAUCGAACCACCAGCACUGUGGAGGAUUUGCUUGAGACAAUACCGAAUAAUGCGCGCAACAUUAACUAUUUGCGACCAUUGUGUGGCCUGCCGCUUUCGCCAUACUUCUCGGGCGUUAAACUGCGCUGGCUGAGGGAUAAUGUGGCGACUGUGAAACGGGCAAUGGAUGCAGGCGACGCCAUGUUCGGCACCAUUGAUACAUGGCUGAUGUACAAUCUAACGGGUGGCGUGAACGGAGGCGUGCACAAGACGGAUGUGACUAAUGCAUCACGCACUAUGCUAAUGAACAUCGAGACGCUGCAAUGGGAUGGAAAUCUGCUGAAAUUCUUCGGACUGCCAAGAAGUAUUCUACCAGAAAUCUGCUCCAGCGCCGAGCAUUUUGGCGUCAUUGCUUCGGGUUCGCUAAAGGGCAUACCCAUCACAGCGGAUUUGGGUGAUCAGCAGGCUGCGCUGGUGGGCCAACAGUGUCUGUCCAAGGGUCAAGCGAAGGCCACCUAUGGCACCGGUUGCUUUUUGCUGUACAAUACGGGUCCAUCAAUAGUUCAUUCCCAGCAUGGAUUGCUCACAACGGUGGGCUAUCAACUAGGUCGCAAGGCCACGCCCUAUUAUGCCCUGGAAGGCAGUGUGUCCAUUGCUGGCGCCGCCUUCAAUUGGCUAAGAGAUAAUAUUGGCCUUAUACAGAACACGGGCCAGAUCGAGACGAUGGCCAGCAUGGUGGAUAACUCUCUGGAUGUUUACUUUGUGCCCGCGUUCAAUGGCCUGUAUGCACCUUAUUGGAAUCAGGAUGCAAGGGGCGUGCUAUGUGGCCUGAGUGAGGAGACAACCAGUGAGCAUAUUGUAAGAGCUACGCUGGAGGCUGUUUGCUUCCAGGUGCGCGACAUACUUGAUUCCAUGCACAAGGAUUGCAAAAUACCACUCGCUAAGCUGAUGGUCGAUGGCGGCAUGACUGUCAAUAAUCUGUUCCUUCAGCUGCAAUCGGAUCUGGUUGGCAUUCACGUGCUGCGCGCCAAGAUUGCGGAGACCACAGCGCUGGGAGCUGCAAUGGCUGCCUAUAAGACCAUUGCUCCACAGUAUAAUAUGGAAGGCCCGUUGUCAAAAUCGGAUGAACGCGAUGUUGUAAAGCCGAAGAUCAAUUCCACGGAACGCAAUUUGCGUUACCAGAAAUGGAAGAUGGCCAUCGAGAGAUCUCUGAACUGGGAGACCUCCUCGCUUGUUCAAGGCGAACGCGAAUCCUUUGAUGGCGUCUAAGUUGCGGCAGCUUCCAAAAGCAUAACCAUGGCAAAUUGUAUUUAAUUCAAUAAAAUAUUGUUUUGUUGUUGAAAUUGAA